UCAGUUAUUCUGCCUAAUUUCUUUUAAGGAAAAGCAUCGAAUUGAACUAGAAAGAAAUAAAAAAUCAGGACAAAAAUGAAAUUCUUCGUACUUUUGGCAUUUAUUGGAUUAGCAGCAAGUCAGUCGUUUGACGCACGAUGUCCACGUGGACCAGGUGAUAACCGACCUGAAGUUUUUGGAAAUCCAAUGGAUUGUACACAUUUCUUCAGAUGUUUUGAAGGACGUGCAUUGGAAUUAAGAUGUCCAGGAGGAUUAUACUGGUCUAAUUCACAUCAAUCAUGUGAACAGGAACAUCUUUCAAACUGUAUCCAGCCAAUCAGCAGACCAAGACCAAUCGAACCAAAUCCAAACUUCCUUCAAUGUCCACUCUUUGAUGUUCCCGGUGAAUUUGUUUACUUCCCACACAGAACCGAUUGCCAACAAUUUUAUCAAUGCAGUGCUGGACGUGCAGUUCAAUUGGAAUGUCCACCAGGAUUCUCAUGGAAUAUCGAGAGAACAUUCUGUGAUCAACAACGUAAUGUUCAUUGUGUAACGCCGAGAAACCACUAAAAUGUUCUCAAUAUAAAAAAGAUGUUUUUCUUCUUACUUCCACUCAGUUCCAGUUGUUCUCCUUUUUUAUUUCCCUACAGAAAAAAUGCUUUGUUUUGUAAAUGAUUCAUGAAUAAAAUUCACAUUCAG